AUGUUCAACCGUUCGAUAGCCUCCCCAAAAGGAGGCGUUUGGACCAAGGUAGUGAUAUUCAUCUCCUUAUAUGUCAUGCUCUUCGACUCCUUCAUUGAAUGGGCCAUCGUGCUUUAUCUGUAUGGGAUCCGACGUGUGGACUCAAAGAUGACCCCGAGCUUGGUACUGGCUCUUGUCGCGUCAUUCUUCACCGUUCCUCUUGUCGCUCUCCACAGCCUCCUUGCCUGGCAAUACAAUAAGGUUGUAGGAUUCGCGAGUCAGAAAGCUUUGCUGAAUGCCGCUUGUACCUACAUCCUGCGACUGACGAUACUCAUUUGGAUCGCAGCCAGCGCAGCAGGAUUAGUCGUGGUUUCGCAGCAGGUGUACUGUCUAGCGGAUGAUGGUGGUGGUGACUUCUGGAAGAUCGGUAUCAGCUGCGCGCUUCAACGGGCUUCUGUCAUUGUUUCUAUAAUAUCAUUGGAACUCUGCGAGCGUCCGUACGACAUAUCCCUUCUCGGGGUGUACAAGCCACAAUUAUCGACAUGCGAUGACAAGAUGUCUGCCAGCUCAACGAUGGGAAGCCACGUCAGUCUGGAAAAUGACAUAUAUCACGUUUGCCGCAGGCCUGAUGUGACAUUUGGGAGAGACUUGUACCUGUCAUCAAGCAGCAACUCCAUUUGCAAAGCUGGUAGUAUUGAACAUCCUGCAUCCGUACAUGAGAAACCCCAUUUGAAGCUCGACACCAAAUGUGAAUCAGAGGGCUCAGGCAUAUACUCUGGAACUACACUCUCCGUUGAUGGCACGCCAUCCAAGAAUUCUUCCAGGGAUGGAACAAACUCCGAAGUCAGUUCAAAUUUCUCAGUUACACCUCCCAAAGCCACGUUAAGGGCUCCUUACGACCCUCAUCGUCAGGCUGUACUGGCAGAACUCCCGGGAUCCCCACAGUUCAGACAUCAAAGGCACCAACCCUCUGGAUCCCCUUUCCGACUCCUCCCCAAGGUUUUCGCAAGUCAGAUCUCGUUGUCAUCGGACCCUGACAUUCUUGCUCUCGCUGGUCCCGAUGCUGUUGCGGACGUUGAGCAACUAGCAGAGGAGCACUCAACAGACAACAUCGAGCCACCGCCGACUCCCAAAAGGGAAUAUGCCCCUGGACACCCACUGGCAUCUUCCCCUGUGGAACUUCCAUUCCCCUCCUCUCCUCCUGUGGAGAGGUCUAUAUUUUCCAUGACGACCAGUAACCCUGAGCUUAAAACCAGUCGGUCCGAAGGAAGCACGCUUCCACGAUCAAUAUCAAGCAGCUCAGCUGAUGCCCCCGAAGUUGUCGCACCAGAGCCACUCAGGGUUCAGAGAUCCAAGACGUCACACACAGCUCCAAUAACUAGCCAGUACAACUUCUCUCGGCCCAAACCCCCGGCCGUACCGCCGAUCCCACCACGGCAGCCGAAUCACAGCUACCAUGGCUCUCUAUCGCAGCACGGACGAUCCAGACGCCAAAACUCAAUUCGUUCGAGCGGACGACGAAGCCAAGUCUACCGGUUUGAAGCAUGCCAGAUCCCGCGACACACACAAAGCCAGUAUCAUCCCCAGCAAAGCCGCUACGCUCGUCGAUCGUAUUUUGACACCCACCGUCGAAUGCCCUCACGGCGGCGUCGAAACGACGUCGAAAUCGUGUACUCCAGCACCCGGCGGCCCCGCAGCAACACCUGUGGAGGGUUCGGCACAACAUCCAGUCUAGACUGUAUCCGCGAGUCUGGGGCCUCUGUUGAUGAACCGGAAGACAUCUUCGCUGAUGGCAACACGUAUAGAGGUACCACGCGAACUACUAGUGCCCACGGCAUGUACGCAUUUUGA